UGGGACAGAUGCCCACUCGCUGGCCUCUUCUGCACCUUUAUUGCUUUUCAGCUUUUCUUUCAUGCUGCGUCUUCGACUGGGAAUGCUGUGGAAGAGCCUACGGAGACUGUGAUCACAGUGGUAGGCCCAAAUGACAACAAGCCUGAAUUCACCCGGGUGGUCUUUGAGGCGUCUGUGAUGGAAAGAGCCCACCCAGGAACCUCCGUGAUGCAAAUCACAGCAACGGACGCAGAUGACCAUGAGAACACCUACAAUGCGGCCACUGACCCCUCGGCCAAGCUCAGCCAAGACCCCUCGGUGCCUCACCCCAACAUGCUCACCAUCAACCAGGACACAGGAAUCAUCGCUGUGCUCACUUCUGGGUUGGACCAACAGAUCGCUUCCGUAUACACCCUGACAAUUCAAGCUGCUGACCUCCAAGGUGAAGGCUUAAGUUCUACAGGGACAGCUGUGAUCACAGUCACCCACAGCAAUGCUAACCCUCCCCGCUUCAGCCCAACUUUGUACACGGGCCAGGUGUUUGAAAACAAGGUGGAUGCAGGGAUACUGAGACUGAAGGUGAAGAGAGAAGAUGCCCCAGGCUCUCCAGCAGGGAAGGCAGCGUUUUCCAUCCUGAAUGACAGAGCAGGCCUCUGCACUGUCACCACGGACCCGGAGACCAACAAUGGCCUUUUGAAAACAGCCAAGGGCUUGGAUUUUGAGACCACGCAGCAGUACGUCCUUUACGUGACAGUGGUGGAUGCAGCGCCCUUGGCAUCUCUCUUCACCUCUACGGCCACGGUCACCGUGGACGUGUUGGACGUGAAUGAGGCCCCUGUCUUUGUACCCCUGAUACAGAUGGUGGAAAUGCCCAAGGACACCAGUGUGGGCCAGGAGAUCACAUCCUACAGGGCCCAGGACCCAGACAGCUUCCGCUCUCAGGAAAUCAGGUACCAGAUAGGGCACGACCCCAGCCAUCAGCUGGACAUCAGCUCAGAAACAGGCGUCAUUUCCACUCGAGCCAGUCUGCACGAGGACAGCGUGGAGAACCACACAUUUUCGGCUGUUGUCAUAGCUGUAGACAACGGCAGGGGCUUGGAUGUUUCAUCUUUGGGCGACAUCCCUCUGUUGAUAUGAUGCUCUGAUGCCCAGCUCCACGUUGCGGCUGAGCUUGCGUACAUUAUCUCAACACAUCUUUCCCAGAAGCUGAUGAGGAGGGACUGUGUUCUCUUACCUGUUUUACUGAAAACACAGGAUUGAGAUUGCGAUGAAAACACAGGAUUGAGGAGUGAAAACGAUCCUCCCAGCAUCCCAGGGGGCAAGGAGGGGCUUGAGCCAGGCUGUCCAGGCUUCCGAGCAAAAUCACUCAGGGGGUCCAGCCUGGCUGCUGUGUUACAGCAAAGGUGACCGUGGGCACAGCACCACCCGCGCUGGGAAGAGAGUGGCAGGAUCUGCCUCCAGACACCCUAAGGGACAAAGUGCACACAUACUGGCCCAUGUCACACACACCUUCAACAAAUACCCAUUUGCACACUCACAUGUGCACAUUCACAUUCACAUAGAUCACAUUAAAACAGUCACUCAUGCACACUCCCACAGACUAACAUCCAUGCAGACUCACAAGCUCAUACGUGCACACGCACACAUCAUACACAUUCACACGAAUUGUCACACUCACACACACACUCUCAUAAGACCCUGCUCAGGUCACGUUGCCUGUGGCCACCA